UAAAAAUUUGAACUUUACCGGGUUCAUUCAUCACUGCCCUUUGACAUUCCCCUCCCAUAAACCCUAAAAAUUCGGAGCAAAGGGUUUAUACAAAAAUGUCAUAAAUAACUUUCUGCAACACUUUCAAUUUCAGUUUCCACACUUUACAUCACUAUGAAACUCCUCAGAACAAUCUUCAUCCACCACAAAAACCACCAUUUCCUCAACCCCAAACGUGUCUUUUCAUCUCUACUUUCACCAAACCCUUCUUCAACAACAACACCAGAAGACACAGAAACCCUACAUUCCAAUGAAAAACCCCAAAAACCAACCAAUACUUGGAGUAUGUACGGUAACGUCAUUGCAACUAAACAGAAAAUCAACAAUCACAACGAGGACGACGAAACCAAGGAAGAAAAACCAACUGAAAGUGAAAAUGGAAGCAUGAUGAAUUUGAAGAACAAAACUAUUUUUAAAACGGCGGCAACCACGGUGACAGUGGACAAAAGAAGUACUAAAAAGGUGAAGACUCAGUGGGUUUGUUGUAACUGUGGGUAUACUGCAGGACAAUGGUGGGGUACUUGUCCUUCUUGUACUAUGGUUGGAACAAUGAAGGAGUUUCAUGAAGCUAAACUUGGUGAUGGUAUUGAUAGUAAUAAGGUUAGAACUGGUUUAUCUGUUUCUGAAGAUGUAAUGGGAGCUUGGCUUCCACAGAGAGGUGAUCAAUUGCAUCCUGUUAAAUUGAGCGAGGUUAAUCGUGGGUUCGACGAAAAGGGUUGGAGAUUUCCUUUGUCUGGCCCUUUUGGAGAUGAAGUUUCUAUUGUGCUUGGCGGUGGUCUUGUGCCAGGGUCUUUGAAUUUAGUUAGUGGUGAUCCCGGUGUUGGGAAGAGUACACUGUUGUUGCAGAUGGCAGCAUUGAUAGCAGACGGAUGCAAUGACAGUGAUGGUGAGGCUCUUCCAGUUGUAUAUGUCUCUGGUGAAGAGAGCCUUCAGCAAAUUGGUCACAGAGCAGGCCGCCUUGGAAUUAAUUCUGAUAUUUAUUUGUAUUCAAGUACUGAUAUUGAGGACAUAAUAAGGAUAGCUCAGUCUUUCCCCAUUAGAGCCCUGGUUGUUGAUUCAAUACAGACUGUUUAUUUGAAAGGAAUAGCAGGAAGUGCUGGAGGGAUUGUGCAGGUGAAAGAAUGUACUUCAGCUUUGAUGCGAUUUGCUAAAACGACUAACAUCCCCGUACUUUUGAUUGGACACGUGACAAAAUCUGGAGACAUAGCCGGGCCUCGUGUUCUGGAGCAUAUUGUUGAUGUCGUCUUGUACUUGGAAGGUGAGAGGUUCACUUCAUAUCGAAUGCUCCGUGCUGUGAAAAAUCGGUUUGGAUCCACUGAUGAGCUUGGAGUUUUUGAGAUGUCAGAAUCAGGAUUUAAGGCAGUUUCCAAUGCAACUGAAAUGUUUCUCACUGAACAAGACGCUGAUUCAGAUGUUUUAGUUGGGUUAGCUUUUACCGUAAUAAUGGAUGGUUCAAGAACUUUCAUAAUUGAAGUUCAGGCACUCUGCCUUUCACAAUCCCCGGUAGGAGGAUCAACUUCAAGAGUAGUUAAUGGAAUUGACACAGAUAGAGCUAACAUGAUCAAAUGUGUUCUUAUAAAGCAAGCAGGUCUUCAUAUCCCAGUAAACUCUGUGCAUUUGAAUGUUGUUAGUGGAUUGAAAAUGACCGAAACUGCUGGAGAUCUUGCAAUAGCAGCUGCAAUCUGCAGCAGCUUCUUGGAGUACCCUAUUCCAAAGGGCAUUGCAUUCAUUGGUGAAAUUGGCCUUAGCGGUGAGCUUCGCACGGUUCCUAGAAUCGACAAAAGAGUGCACGCAUUGGCAAAGUUGGGUUACAAAACAUGUGUAGUACCAAAACAAGCUCUAAAAGCUUUAGGAACUGAAGGUCUAGAAAAUAUUAAAGUAGUAGGUUGCAAGAAUCUGAAGGAGUUUAUUAACGCAGUAUUCAGUAGAUAAACACACUUAAAAGAGGCUGCUAGUGCUGUGCAAAGCUCUCUCUUUUUGUUUGUAAGAUGUACAACUUGACACUUUCAGAAGUUUGUAAAUAUAGGUCUGCUAUAAUUUUGGUUGUCUUGUGUCAA